UAAAUAAAUAAAAAGUAGCCGUUGCCCCGGGCCACAGACGACAACUCGGCCAGCGAUACUCAACAAGACUCAGGCGUAAUGGAAGACGUGAUCGUUUCAACGAGGCUCCGUGCAGGAUUUUUGGCAGGCGGGAAAUCGUAAUAUGGAGCAGCGUUCAGAAAGCUAGUAGGCGUGACUGUAAGGACAUUCCGAUGAGCGGCUGGAGAAAGAAAGAAAAAACCCCACAAAUUCUAGGAUUAACUUGAAGUUUCUUCCCCAGCUUGCGUUAUGUCCAGCUGAUGUAACACAGGAAGAAACUCCUCGAGCCAGCAUUCAGGGUAAUCAUCGAAAGAUUAAAUGCUUUCUCCACAGGGACAGGCUCAUCAUAUUUAAACUACAGAAGCAGAAUACUGUACCACACUCCUGGAGACAGAUGAGAACCUAAAGAACUGCAGAAUUCUCAUUGCAGACCUGCAAGAACUGAGAAACCAGAAUAUGUUUUCCUCCUGCCAGCUGGGCCCAGCCAUCGAAAAGCUUUGGGAGUUAAAGAACAAUGUCUUGAUAACUCAAAAAAAGUAUGAAGAAGAAUUUUUCCAGCUCUUGAAGCUACAAGAGGAGGUAGAACAACUUGAAUGCCAAAAGAAAUCUCAGAAUCAGAUUUAUUUACAGAUUAUGGGAUUAGAGAUGAAAAUCAAGGAAGACUGGGUGAUGCUGGAUGUGGCACAAGUGGAGAAUCAAAACCUGAAGCAACAAAUUGAGAAGCUGAUCUUUGAUGCUAUGGUUCUGCAGAAGGAGCUCAUCUCCAAAGAAGCUAUCAGCAGUGGGGCCAUUGAAAAGCUCCAAGCAGAGCAUGUGAACAGUCAACAGCACAUCAAAGAUUUGGAGGCAAGGCUAGAGGGCAUACAGGGUAGUCUUCUGUCCAAGUUAAAAGCUUUGGAUGCUAUUCAGGAAAAAAAUGCUUCCCUGCAACAAGAAAUUGCUACUUUGAGGAACACACUUGGAUGUGGUAAAGGAACUGAGGUAGCACAGUGUCGAAUGCCUUCUGGUUCACUCCAGUUCCAGCAAACCCCUGACUCCAAACCAAGCAUCACACUGAAAUCUUCAGAGAAAGUACUGUAUUCACGGUUUGCACAGUCCGGCUCAACCGUCACCUUAUUCCCUGGAAAAUCAUUAUCUAAAACUGUUAAAUUUCCCAUUGCAUCACUUCUGACUCUAGAUAAAUCUUCAGGGAUCAGUAACUUCAGUUUGUCACCACAAAAACAAUAUGUCUCUUCCUCCAGCACCUCCAAUACAUGGAGUGAUUUACUUGGAGAAGGUCAGGAUUAUGUAACAGCUUUAUUUGCUGACACCAAGAAGACUGGUCCAGAAGCAGAGAAAGUGGGCAGAUCCCAUCUUCCAUCUGAGUACUACAACUCUACUGCAUCCAGUGCUGUUGGGAACCUUAAAAUAGUAGAUGUUCAUUCUGGUGGGCAUUAUGUGAAAAUAGUGAACACUUCUUGUGAGAAAGAAGAGGGCAUUGGAGAUUACACACUUCAGCAGAACCAAAAUGGUCACCCAUUAGCCAUCUACAGAUUUCCUCCAAGGAUCAGAAUGAAAGCAAAUUCUUCAGUGACGGUGUGGGCCAUGAAUUCCAACAUGCCUCAUAAACCUCCAACAGACUAUCUCUGGAAGAAUAUCGACAAAUUUAAAUCCGGCCCAGAGUAUACCACUAUCCUUUGUAAUCCUGGUGGACAGGCUGUGGCUUGGUACACUCCUUUAAACAGGAACCGAAAGGAAAGCAAGGAGGAUGAAGAAGACAUUAGAAUCCAUAGAAAUCUCAUGCAGCCAAUUAUAGGAGUACAUCAGCAGCAAGACCGGUGGGAAACCAGGACAUUUGACACCAGCCAAGGAAACACAACUCAGCUUCAUACAGAGGCAAAAGAACCAGAUUUUAUUCUAAGAGAAGACAAGGUACCACCCACUCUGUUCCCUGUUCAAAAUGCUUGGUGCCAAAACCCAAGCAAUCCAACACAUCCCCAUUACUCUGUGGGAAGAUACUUACCCCAAGGCAGUGGCAGGAGCCAAUCGUGUGGUCAAACUAGGACCCAGCCAGUACCACCUAGUCCAGAUCCUGGUGUUCUCUACACAGGAGGUAGUUGUGUAAAGCCAGCAACAGGAGAUGGUAACAGAAAAAGCAGAGUAAAACCAACUCGCUCAGUAGGGCCCAAUUUAGGUGGAGUGAUCUAUGUAGGCUCGGCUAUACCCAUUGGCUCUGCUUUAGAGAAGUAUUUUGCCCACUCAUCCUGCCACUUCAGGCUCCUGGCCCAGGCAUCUCUUGCUCCCAUUAACAUUCUUUAGCACGUCACAGAGGAUCAGUGAAUAGAACUGGGUUAUUUUCAAAGCACUCUGCAGUAAAAAUAGUUUUGUGACUCACUGCUCUGAGAACGAGGCAUCCUUGACAUCUUCAGAGGCACUCUAAACAUUAUUCAUUUUCGUAGCCUCAGUUUAUCUGAAGGGAAGCAUCGCUAGUUCUUCUCAUUAGUGAAUUCAUCAGCAAUGUUGGGUAUUGGUGUUGGCAGCUACAACUCAUGGGUCAAGAUACAAGGCUGGAACAAAAAAACAUUUUGGCACCUGAGCUAGAUUGACCAACUAAAAAAGGACAGGGUUCUUGUACCUUUUAUGAUUGUGCAGAGGAAGAAAGUUCAGGAAGAGGAAAGCAGCAUCAGCAACUAUUAAAGCUAGAGGAGCCCUGCCCUCUUUUUCAUCUGGGCACCUUAUCAGUGAUUUCUGUGGUAGCAAUACUUUUCCAUUUAAAGUUACAUCCACAAGAAGAAUUAAUUCACAAACAGAUAAAAUCAAUUUGGGCUGCAGCCUUACACAGUAAGACAACUUUGAAGAUAAGGGUAAGCAAUUUCAUUUAGGGUGGCCCUAAAUGGAAACUACACCUGCUGAAAUUUUCUCCUUCACACAAAUAUUAAUGAUACAAAAACUUUCUUCUGAUCACCUUAGUCUAAUUAAGUAUAGAAUCCUGAUCUGUGAGCUGGAUCCAGUAGUUAAGCUCAGCUAGACUAGAUCUAAUAAAUCAAUGAAAUUUUCAUGGUAAUUUACCAGGUAUCUAUUAAUUCAAUGGGUCUGCUCUAAUUGGGCUAACAUUUUGGCUAUGUUCUUUAAAAACUAUUAUAACAUUAUCUCCCUUGAAAUAACUUGCUCUUCGAAAAUUGGUUGCACCCUUGUUUAAAUUUUAGACUGUUUUUGUUAAUGUAAUAUUUACUUCUGUGUAGGUUGUUUUAACUCUUUGUAAACCACUCACAAUAGUGGUUCAGCACUAAUGGGGUGGUAUAUUAAAUCAAUCAAUCAAUAC